AUGGCUUCUGAGGUAUACACUUUGACGCCGGAUAGUGCGAACCCGCCCCGCAACAAGACCAUCCUCAUCACUGGCGGAGCAGGCGGCAUUGGUUUAGCCACAGCCUUAUAUCUCCACGGACCAGCAUACGAGAACAAUGUCGUCGUCCUCGACAUAGCGUCAUCACCGAAACUUAUCGAGAAGUCUGAUCUAAACCAGUCACCACGCUUCCUCUACUGCCAAUGUGACAUCCUAUCCUGGACUUCUCAACGAGAUGCUUUCGCCCAAGCUGCUCAGAAGUUCGGCGGCAUCGACUGUGUUUUCGUCAACGCUGGUCUAGCUGAACUGGGCGAGCAGAUUUGGACUGACGUCUAUGACAGCGAUGGCAAGCUAGCCGAGCCCCAAAGAGCAACCAUCGACGUCGACAUUCGUGCAGUGGGCGACACCCUGAAACUGGCCAUGUACCAUUUGCGAAACGACUCUGCUGCUUCUGCGAAGAAGGGCUCGGGCGAAGGUCGAGGCGGGAGUAUCGUGAUGACUGCAUCAUUGGCAGGCUACCUGGCCUCAGCAGGCGCACCUCUGUACUCUGCCGCAAAGCAUGGAGUCGUCGGAUAUCUACGUGCUCUGAAAGGCGACUGCGCCAAGACUGGCAUUGCCAUCUCGGUCAUCGCACCGGGCAUCACGCUCACGAACAUCAUCGUUGGACGGAAAGAGGGCCAAUCUCUGGAGGACUGGGGCCAAGAUAUGGCUCGGCGUGGUGUGCCGAUCAAUGAUGCCGAAACGAUCGCGCUGACAGUGGCGAACCUCAUGGGUGAAGGACUCAAAGCGAAUGGCAAAGGCGUACUGAUACAGGCGAACAAGAUGCAGGAUCUGGAAAGUGGCAUUGCGAAGUCGAGAGCGCAGUGGAUGGGAAAGGAGAUGUUAGAAUCGUUUCGAGGAGGAAGAAAUGCCCCAUUGUUCCCGAACAAGCUAUGA